GAUUUCCCUGUGGAAUUUUCUUGCUUAAUGGUAUUCUGGUUUUGAUUUUUUUUUUUUAAAUUUUUUUCUCUGUGGUUCUUGCAUGCAAUGAUUGUAUGGAAAAGCUCUGUGAUUGGGAUUCACUGGGAAUUGAGGAUGUUGCGGAAUUGAAGCCAAAAACACUGUUUUUGUGUUGAGAGAAUUUUGUUGGUGCUCUUGUUUGGUUUCUGAGUAUGUCAACGUGUCAGAAUUCUGAAAUUUUUUUUUUUCAGGUCAUAGCAAUUUGGCUUAUUUUUUAUAAUUGAAGGAUAUAAAAAGAUAUGAUUUUUAGGGUUUAAAUUGUCAGCUAUUAUGAACUUGAUGGUAUGAGUUUCGAAUUGAAUAUUCUAUGUGUAUGUAUGUGCUUUCUCUGGUUUGCCAACACAAUGUGGAUUUAAAUUUUUGAAGUAGUUUAUUACUUGGUUGCGGACGGAAAAUGUAGUUUUGAAUGUUGAUUUUGUUAGUAUUCAUGGUAUGGUGGUCAUUUACUCAUUUAGUUGUUAGCAAUCUUGGGUGGCGUUAAUCUGUAAGUGUUUUGGCAAUUCAAUAAGCGAAACGUCCUCCAAAGCGGCUUGCUUUUGCAACCUCAUGCUUUAUCCUAUGAAGAUCUCCACUUUACUCUCUCCGUUCACUUAAAUUUUUUUGUUUUUACCUGUAAAGAUGACUAAGAGAUUUAUAGGUAUCUAAAGGACAUUGAAGGUAUGCAGUCAAAAUCUCAAAGUACAAGCCGACCAGGGCCAGAUCCUCACACCAUUACACCAGCCAAUGUUUAUACUGAACCAUGGUGGCGAACGAGUGGGUAUAAUCCCAUUCCCCCACCUCUAGCAGGGGGCAAUGCAACCAAUUCAUCUUCUUUGGAAUGCCCAAAUGGUGGUUCAGAAUCUAAUGAUGACCAGUCUUUGUCUAAUGAUGAUCAUAAUGAGGAAGACGAUGAUGCCACUAAGGAGUCACCGAUUAAUGCAUCUCCACAAUCAGGAAGUUAUAGGCAAGAACACCAAGUUGUGCAGCAUGUUGCAUCUAAUAUGCCAACGGCGCGUGAUGACUGCCUCACACAGCCUACUCAACUUGAACUUGUUGGCCACUCUAUUGCAUGUGCAUCGAAUCUUUAUCAGGAUCCAUACUAUGGGGGAAUGAUGGCUGCUUAUGGACAUCAGCCUUUGGGUUAUCCUCCUUUUAUUGGAAUGCCACAAGCUAGAAUGCCUUUGCCUCUUGAGAUGACACAAGAACCUGUUUAUGUAAAUGCCAAACAAUACCAAGGGAUUCUAAGGCGAAGACAGGCUCGUGCCAAAGCAGAGCUUGAAAGGAAGCUCAUUAAAUCUAGAAAGCCAUAUCUUCAUGAAUCUCGCCACCAGCAUGCUAUGAGAAGGGCAAGGGGUACUGGAGGACGCUUUGCAAAGAAAAAUGAUAGCGAUGCUUCAAACUGCACUUCCAAAGAAAAGGGAAGUUCUGGUCCAGCGCAUUCAUCUCUGUCUGCUAGUUCAUCAGGAUCUGAACACUUGGCAUCAGACUCGAAUGAAACCUGGAAUUCUUCCAAUGGUCAGCAAGAAGCAAGAGGGUCUCAAAUGACCGACACCUGCACGACUCAGAACUAUGUAAAUGGUAGUGGCUGCUAUCAAGCUCAUGGUGGCUUGCAGGAUCCAGCUUAUUUGUGCCCAGGUGAGAGAUCAGAGGAAGGAGUGUUUUCAGGCCGGGAACGGGGAAGCAUAUCUUCCAAUCAAGCUUCACAGAGGAGUCUUGCCAUCCAGUGAACCCUUGGCAUGGGAGGUGGUGCCAAGGUGGAGGACCGGACCCCUCUGGUAUAGUGAGGUGGUGGGGUGCGAAUCCCCUGGUUAUCUGUUGACAACACUCUCCUGGCAAAAUAUUUGCAAGGCGGCAAAUCAUUCUUGGCUUUAUUGUGCUUGUGGCAUGUAGGGGAGAUGAGAUGAUGAAUGGGCUAUGUGACUUGUUUUAAGUCAGUCCUGCUAUGAUUCAUUCCAUCCUUCUUCCUAUUUGGCCUUUUGUACAGAGAUAGUGUUCAGUAAACUCAAGUAGAAAUCAACAGACUGGGGGGUGACAUAAACAAAUAGUACUGUGGCUUAUUGCAAAAAGACAUCUUUGCUUGACUUAUGACAUGGUUUUUUUUUUUUU